AAUGCCCAACAACACUUCAAACAUCGUUUUGUUCGACUAUUUCAACCCAAACAACACACUUACAACAACAUUUAGCCGAUUAGAAACAACAAAAACAUCCCAACAAUUUUCCGAAAUUGUCGAUAACGAAACUUUAUUUUUCCUAAAAUUUUAUGAAGAAACUCGAAAUUUUGAGAGAUUAGUGGGGAUUAUAAUUCCGUCAAUUUUUGCUUUGUUUGCCCUUUUUGGGCUAGUAGGGAAUUUGUUAGUUGUGAUAGUUGCUUUGAAUAGACAAAUGAGGAAUUCGACUAAUACUUUAAUUAUUGGAUUGACUUGUUCUGAUUUGAUGUUUUUGACGUUGUGUAUACCUUUUACUGCCAUUGACUACGCCUUUCCAAUAUGGGUUUUGCCUACGUGGAUGUGCCCUCUUAUAAACUAUUUACAGCAUUCUUCUGCUUAUUUCUCUGUUUGGACAUUAACGUUGAUGGCAGCUGACAGAUUUCUUGCUGUUGUAUUUCCGGUUGAAUCUAUGACUCUCCGUACCCCAAAAAAUACCUUCUUUGUGCUCUUAAUUGUAUAUGCUGUUAUUUUAUUAUCUCAAAUUCAGGUCGGACGUAUCCAUGGCGUCUAUAGUUACACUUUUAUAAUGGAACAACGUUCAGCUUGUUCUAUUGUAUCAAUUGCUCAAGGUUUAGCUACCGUAGCUGAAGCACGCCUUUACUUUUUUUCAUUUAAUAUUUUUGGUUAUUGUCUCCCUCUGGGUAUUACUUGUGUUCUUUACUAUUUGAUGCUUAAAAGAUUGUGGUAUGCUCCUUUUAGAUCGAGUACUGACAAUAAUACAAAAAUACCACCUACAAAGAUAACUUCAUUAUUCGCUAACAAUUCAGAAAGAUCAAACUGUUCACUCCGUUCUCGACCAGAAACAAUUAAAGCAAAAAGGAAGGUUACUAGACUUGUCCUAUGUGUGGUUAUUAUUUGGGCAGUCUGUUGGCUUCCGUUAAAUUUGUGUGUUAUCUAUCCAGACACGUUGGUAUUGCGAGGUGGAAAGCCUAUUGUGGUUGUACAAAUAUUUAGUCAAGUUCUUGCUUAUUGUAAUUCUACAUUAAAUCCAAUCCUGUAUCCACUGGUUUCUGAGAAUUUCCGCAAAGGGUUUCUUCGUGUUUUGAGCACCUUAGCUAACUGGCUAAGCUGUGGGCAUUGCUGCAAACAGUUUCAUUUAUACAAUACAAGGAUGGAAUUAACCAUGCUUAAUAGAACAAAUAGUAAUAAAUCCAAAAAUGCCAUUAGCAAAAGCAACUCUAAAAAUACUACUGGCUCUACUAAAACUACAACAAAUCAAGCACAGAGUGCAUAUGAGCCAAGUUUGUUUUCAUUGUUGCAUAGAGCAUCGCUACCCAAACGCUGUAGUGCCGUAAGCAUUGCCGAACGUCUCACAACUACUAGCGGUAAUGGUUCUGCACGUAUUCGCAUCCUCUCACGUGGAGAGUCCGCCAGCUACCUUUCUGUUGGAACAACCAAUCUUCUAAACCUCCAACAAACAACUCUAAGUAGUAGACGUCAAUCAAAAAUUUUAUUUACUCCAAUAACGGUCCACAGACCUUCUAGACAUUCUUUACUUGAAGCUAAAAGGAGCGGAGAAAAUAUUGAAAGAAUUCAACAAAAUUUGGAACAUAGGCGGCAUAGCAAUGAAGAAAAAAUGAUUAAAAAUGGGGAAGAGAGGAAUAUUUUAAUUUUAAAGGAAGAAGAAUGUUGUGAAUAUAAAUUUGAAGAUGGAGAUUUGGAAAUUUAA